ACUUCGCACUUAACAGUUGUAGGGCACGUCAUGGCGACUUUGGAAUGGGCUUGCGCACCACGUUGCUAUGAAGUGACUAAAAACCAUUUGCAGCGCCAUGCCACGCAGGAACAUCCGCUGAAGCAGCUGGCCGUCAGCGUCAUGGCCGCAGACAACAACCCGCUGAGCUUGGCAUUGGCACUCGAAGGCACCGAUCCGCUGUCGAAGUUUGCGCGCCAAGAGCAGGAGUUGAACGAUCCGCUAACGCAAAUGGCCAGCGAAUUUUCGCUGAGUUCGAAGAGGGGCAUCCCAAGCAAGUCGGAGGAUAACACGCUGAACUGGAGCACUCGGCGAUUGGGCAUCCUGAAUCGAUUCACCACCAAUGAGAAGCUUUCGCUUUCCACCAGUUUCCUAUGCACCAGUAGCACGGAAGGUGGCGGCGAAAACUUCAAGGCUCAGACGGUGGUGGCUGACAAGGUCAAGUAUCGGCUGGAGCAGUUGGAUAAUUUCGAUGAUGGCAGCAUGCGUCACAUGAUGGAUCUGACGCAGCAGGAGUACAUCCAGCGAUUCGAUCAGCUGAAACAGGAGCUCAUCCAAUCCUGGCACAAUGAUCAGCGCGUCAAGGCCCUCAAGAUUGCGAUACAGUGCGCCAAGAUGCUGUCCGACACGAGUGUGCUGCAUUUCUAUCCGAGUCAGUAUGUGCUCAUCACCGACAUUCUUGACGUCUUCGGCAAACUGGUCUACGAACGUUUGCGUGUGAAGGCGGCAGGUGCGCCGGGCGCCUCGGCUGUGGUCCUGCAGCGGGAGCAGGAUGCGGCACGUGACACCUGUCAGAAUUGGUUCUAUAAAAUCGCGUCAAUACGUGAGCUGUUGCCUCGUCUCUAUCUGGAAAUGGCCAUUUUCAAGUGCUACGAAUUUCUGACUGCAGCCCAGAAGGAAAUUAAGGAAUUAUUGUCACGCCUGACGGGUCAGCUGCGUGGCAUUGCGGAUCCGCUGGUGUCUAUCUAUGCGCGCUGCUAUCUGGUGCGUGUCGGUGUCCCGGUUACGACCAGCCGGACGUAUAUACGCGACAACUUUACGGAUUUGUUCACGAUAUAUCCGCAGAUCUUCCGUUUGGUUGCCCGCUACAAUUUGCAUCCGGAGAUAAUCACGGCCAGCGCUUAUUUACAGCUGUAUGCACCGGCCCUCGAUUUCAUGCUGCAGUGCCUGCUGCACCAAAGCGAUCUCUAUGCCCAAGAAAUGCUUUCCGAGUGCAAGCAGCUGAAAAACAACGGCGCCGUGCUUCUGUCCAUACUCAACUCGUCGAAGGGUGAUUUUGUGGCCACACAUGCGCAGGAGUUUUUGGAGCUAAUCAAUCAAUGUGAUACGCCUGGUAUUUCCAAAUCCCAACUACUUCGACCGCUUGGCGGCUGUGUCAGCAACUGUGCCCCGUUGCAGGAGCAGCGAGUGCCAUUCUUAAAUGCCGCCUUCCAAACAAUAAACACGCUAACGGAUCCCAACGAAUACAUUAACUGCGUGGAAACCUGGGCGCCCUUUGUGGCACAAUAUUUUACGAUACACGAAGUGAAUCGUCUGCUGGGUGAAUUGAAUUCGCGCAUGUGCCUGGGCAAGGCCUAUGAAAAGCACUACGGUCAGUUACAAAGCAUAAUUACGAGAAUAAUGCAGAAUUAUCGAAGCAUUGAGUUGCUGCUCAUACAACCGAACUUUCUGCCCUACCUGGAUCUGUUCCACAAAGAAUCGGUGCGUGUUGAGGUGUGUAAGUCGAUAUUGAACUAUUACCGACAGAACAGCGAGGAACGCACCUGCGAUGCUGUGGUGACCAAUGCACUCAUGUUUCUGGGCAAGAUACUCAAUGACUCGGUCAAUGCGCUCAGUGUGGAGGAUGAACGUCGACAGAUAUCGCAGCUGAUUAACGGUUUCAUAAAUAAGGUGCACUUUGGCAGGGAUCUGGAGAAGCAGCUCAGCUUCUAUGUGGAGGCACGCGGCACCUUCAGCAACUUGGAUGCGGUCUAUGUGACCCUCGUGCAUGCCGCCUGCAAGCUAACCAUGCGCUCUGAUUAUCGCCAAGCCACCAAAUCUUUGGGCUUCGUCAAGGCUUGCAUUGCGUACUGUUUCAUAACCAUUCCCAGCAUUAGCUCUGUGCAGCAGAAAAUGGAUUUAUAUCUGCUGUGUGGUCAGCUGGCGCUACGGCAUCUAUGCCUUGGCCAGGCGGAUGCCUGCUUUGAGGCUGCACUGCAGCUGGUUAACGAAUUGCCCGCCGCCAGCGUUGACUUCGAGGGCAAGCCGCGUUGCCUGGAGCGCUACUUGGUUGCAUAUCUGUGCAAUAUGCUGGCCACAUUAAUCAUUGUGCCCGACAGUCCAGAACAGGACGUCUUAUAUUUUCUACGCCUGCUGCUCGAAAUCGUGGGCCGGCGUUCGUUUAAGUCGAAUAGUACGGCACCAACUAUUAUCUAUCUACAUGCCUUGGACAUGCUGUAUGUGCAAAGCCUGGAGCAGUUUCCCUAUCACGUCGACGGUGUGAUUUCAAAUGAUUCACUGUAUGGUCAUGAUGCCAAGUUUCUGGCGGAGGUGAAUCGAUUGUGCGGUCAGGUUGUGGAUUCCAUUCUGCUGCAGCUGAAGUCACUGGGUGCAGCCCAGCAGCAGCGCGCACAAGCUCAACUCGCCAUGGAGCUCUUUUUGCGCAUUGUGCGCUAUGCCGAUCUCGAGAUGGAGCCGCUCUGUCAGCUGGCUGUGAAGUUGUGGCUGCUGGCCAACAAGGCACAGGCGCAGCUAGAUACCGAGACUAUUCCACAAACCUUGUGCAGCGUGGAGCAUUUUUACAAAUUAAUCAAGGAUUCGUCGCCGACCCGUGCCCAAACUAUUGCCAAGCUCCUGUUGCGCAUGCGCGACAGUUGAAGAGCAGAAUGAACAACUUCAGAUUUAACUGGCUGAAUUAAGACUUAAAUAUUUAUAUUGCGAAUUGCUUUUGACUGAGUUAUGACCUUUAAAAAAUGUAAUGUCAUCCAAGUUGUGAACUGUUUCCAUUGUAGACUUUGUUAUU